CGUAUCUAACUGGUUGACCGCCCUCUCUACUGCAGGGCAUGGUGGCUCUCAACGCUACGGCGGCGUUCAGGAUCAAGCUGGACAUCUACGCCGAGAAGAUCCGGAUCCACCCCGACACGUGGCACAGACGGGCCUGCUUCAGGGCGGAGCUGUUCGGCUGUGACCCGCCAGACUUUGGAUUCUCUCUGGUGAACGUCGUGGGCUGCAGUACCACCGGAAGUGAAUACUUAGUGGAGUGCCUUCCGGGACACAAUGACGUGUUGGUGACGUCAGGCACCGUAACUCACCUUGAGAACCAGUGUCACGAACACCUCCUCUACAUCCACGAGAACAGCUGUGCCAAGCUUCCGCUGACCUUGACCUGUUUCAAGGAUCCCGACUCGUGUCCCAACGGUUUCACCAUCAGCGUCAACGUUAAACUGGACACGGAAUCCCCGAGGUACAUCCUAUCGACGAGUCGAGAACACCACGACCACACGGGGCUGACGCUGUUCUACCAGAACGACAUGCUGACGGGCACCGUGCAGCUAGCGAGGACAACGUGGCUGGUGUCCACCCUGCACACGCUCAACACUGGCACCUGGCACUGGCUCGAGAUCACGUGGUCGAGCACUCACGGAUUGAAGCUGUUUGCAGAGGGACAACUCAUCGCCUCGUCCCCGUCCCCGUCUCUUACAGAAACAUCACGAAUUCACUCGGAUCACAUGACAAUUGGUUGUUCGGAUAACGUCCACACCACCUAUGGCGGAAUUUGGAUAAAGAAGUUAGUGCUGAGUCCUCUGUCCAGAGAACAUCUUGUUCAGUCUUCACCAUACAUUCACGACGUCCAGGGUUUACCAGACAGUUUAUGUGGUGAGAUGACGGCUACGCCUGGACAUGGCAGCACAUUAUCAACAGCACCGACAACGCCAUCAACACUUUCAACAACUGGAUCAACAACACCAUCGACAACACCAAAACCAAUCCCUACUCUGGAGCCCAUUCCAGAGUGUAAUAUACCGCUGUGGAACAGGAACUUUACGGCUAAUGACGUCACGACUUCGUCUGACGGCUACAACACUUCAGCGGCAACCUCCAUGAUAGACUGUUGCUUGGGCAAACUAAGGGGCGGAUGGUGCCCUGACCCUAACACACUCAGCUCCCCCACACGGCCGUUCAUUGAAGUGAGGUUCAAACAGCCAAUCGCCAUCCAGUCUAUUGAAAUCCAGCCACCGGAAGUGAACAGCCCAACGAGCCGCGUGACGAAGUAUCUGACGACGUAUUCCGUGCAGUACGAGCCGCUGCACUCACACUAUCUCAAAACGCUGUCCAGUCAGAGUGGACCCGUGUUGUUUCGAGGAGUCGAUGUUAAUGGAAUAGCUAUUGUAUCUGCUAUAACCAGCAUACCUGCAGUUGUCACUAAACGAAUCCGCCUUGUCACUGUUGGUUACCAUGGAGAUCCAUGCUUCAGAUUCCAGUUGUUUGGUUGUCACAGAGAGGUGUUGUGUCCAGGUGGGUGUGAACAUGGUGGAGAGUGCUUCACUAAAGACACUUGUAAAUGUCCAGUUCCUUACUUUGGUAACCGCUGUGAAAAAAGCCACCUUCUACCCGGCACCUGUCGAAGACCUCUUGGAAUGGCAGAUGGAAGAAUCCAUAAUAACCAGCUGCGGGUUUCUUCUCAAGACGGAGACAAGUCUAAGGAGAAGGCCCGCUAUGGUUGCUGUUCUGGCGAGCACAAUGGUGCGUGGUGCCCUGCUCCAAGCGACACGAAUCCGUAUUACGAGGUAAAGUUCCACCAGAAAAUGGCGAUAUCAGAGAUAAUGUUCGACUUCCCAGCCCGGAAACACGACUUUGAUGUGCACGACACUUUCAUGACGAAAUACAGCAUCUAUUACAGGACACAUCGGAUUCUUCACCUGUAUGCCUCGAAUCUUCAAGCCAUCUACAACUCGACUGUCACCUUCACCGAUGACUUCUACCCCUAUAUAAAGGCAUUAGCACUGCGCAUAGUCCCCACGGCCUGGGAGAAAGCACCUUGUUUCCGGUUUGAAGUCAUUGGAUGCAACGCUGAUGAGGUGGAACAUAUCAUCGUUGGUAAAAGGAAACGAAGAGAACUGAGUCCCAGAGUAAAUCUGAAAGGCCACAACUGAUUCCGAAUACACCUCAAAAACAUUUCAUUAAUAAAAUACUUGACUGGUUGACGAGUUAGACGUAUUUAUGUUCUUCUGGGUGUACUUAGAGCAAUGGUCGCCCACAUUAGUGGCGUCACACAUGAAUGGCACACAGGUUAUUUAAAGGGGCAUAUCCCCUAUUCAGCACUGUGAACAUAGGCGUUGGAAGCAGGGGGAAGACACUGUCCCCGCAACUUUGAAGCUGAAGGGGCCAUGUGUUGCCUCUCCUCCCCUAAAUAUGGAUUUGAACGAGUUUUGUUUUUACCUUGACAGUUGACAAGAAUGUAGCUCACAAUUGUCCAUAUUACUAGAAACUGUUUUAAUGUGACCAGAGUGGAUUAUAAACAAUCGAAAUUUUUAUAUAAAAAUAUUAUCACCUAACGUUUAAUAAUUGGCCCCUCUAGUUUGCAACCGACCCCCCCCCCCACCCCCACCCCCACCCCCACCCCCAGUUAUCGGCAUCUUCCGACGCCUAUGACACUAGAGUAUUGCUUACUAAUAGUAACUAAUGAUGAAUUUUUAAAUUAGCACUUACGGUUUAUUGCCAUUUUUAUCAAAUAUUUUGUGUUCAGGAGGGAGAGCUCUCGCGAUCGAUUCAGUUUAAUAAUUUAUUUAAAUUGAUUGUGAGCAUCUAACUGCUCGGCCUCCUGAACACUUAUAUUACAUAAGGUCGUUAUGCACUAUGGUGCACUAUUUGCAUCCCUUGAAGCUUUCAAAUAAAUAUGAUCAUAUCUGAAGGAUAAUUUUGUUAAAUAAUAUAUACGUUUCUAACGUAUAUUACAUGUGAAUAAUUUUGUCAAUAUUUACGAUUGUAAGUGAAAUGUCUAGGGACCAUGUUUCUUUAAAAGAUACUUGACCAUUUCCUGUCUUACUCCAAACGUAUAUCAUUUGUAGAAACACAUUUUCUUGUAGAAAUCGCCAGUGUCUUCCAACUAGGUCUGCUUAUUUGUAUUUUGUGAAAUACUUGUCGAAUAUUUCCAAUCAAACUCAUAUCUCUGAUGUGUACAAAUCUGGGAGGUGCUAGCUGCUUCUGGUAUUUAAUAUAUUGUUGUCUUAUAUUGCCGUAUGUUGGUGUUUGAUUUUCGCAGUCAAUGACUAAUGAUUAUCAUUAUUUUUUACUAAUUCGCAUACGCCAAUAAAGGUAGUGUAGAGUCUGA